UGCAGGAGAGUAACUCAGUGAGGACGCGUCACGGUUGAGGGGACAGUAGACAUCGGUCCAAUAAAUUGAGACAUGACUAGAUCCUGAUUUAGAGGGCAGGGUCUAACUCAUAAAUUAAUCAUAUUAUUAUUGUGCUAACCUUGUUUUGCAAGUUAAAUAUUUUUGUAUUGGACUAACACUUGAUGUAGGACAAAGGGUGCACAAAAGGCCUCAGAUAAACAGUACCCGAGGCGCCUUCAAGACGACGGAAGGUGCCUUCCAAGGUUUGGAAGACGCCUUCCAGAAAAUAAAAAUAGCAAGAUACAGAUGGUAUUAUCUCCGAAGCGAAGGGGAUAGAAGUUGCUGCUAGAGGUGCCUCCAUGGUGGUUGAAGGCACCUUCCACAGGCUAUAUAUGUCCUGUUCAAGCAGCACACUACACAGACUUCAAUUAUGAUCUUCUAUGCAUCCUUUUGGCAUUCCGACUGCUUCGGCUUCCUACUGCUCUCUUGCUACGGGUCUGCUACGCCCGACUGCCACUGAGAAGUCGUCUAACACCGAACGCGAUCUGAUCAUUUUCGAAAGUAUUGGGUGGAAGCAGUGGGAUCGGAGCAGAGACGGCAAGGGUGUUGGCCCUUAGAGGAGCCCAUGUCAUCAUCGGUGCAAGGAACUUGGAAGCUGCUAAUGUCGUGAAGUAGAACAUCCUGAACAGCAUUCCAUCUGCUAGAAUUGACAUCAUCUAGAUUGAGCUCAGGCUGCUUGCUCACUCAAAUCUGUCCGAGCCUUCGCCGAGAAAUUCCUCGCCAUGAAUCUCCCUCUCAACAUCUUGAUAAACAACGCUGGUGUGAUGUACUGCCCAUUCAAGCUCUCAAAGGAUGGAGUAGAGAUGCAGUUUGCGACGAAUCAUCUCGGUCACUUCCUGCUGACAAAUCUUCUACUUGAGAAACUGAAAACCACUGCGGAAAAGACAGGAAUUGAGAGCCGCAUCGUGAAUCUAUCCUCAGUCGCUCACGUUGGGCCUUAUAGUGAAGGAAUCAAGUUCGACAAACUCAAUGACAAGAAAGCAUAUAACGAUAUGAUGGCGUAUGGGCAAUCCAAGUUGGCUAAUAUCUUGCACUCCAACGAGCUCGCACGACGCUUGAAGGUAUGUCGACAUUGUCUACUCCAGAUGCAACAAAAAAAAGAAAAAAAUGGAGCAUACCUCAUGAAAAAUAUUGAUUGUUAACAAGAAGAAGGGAAGCUAUAGGAGAAAUAUCAUAAUUCUAUCCAUACUUUUUCCUUAUUUUUUUUCACCUCUUUAUUAUCUUUUAGAUAUGUUCUUUAAGGAUCUGAAUAUUUGGAUGGAAGAUAGAAUGAAAACGAUCUUUGUUCAUUUAUGUGCCACUUUUAGUCUGAUACCCUUAGAAUACAAGUUCAAUGUCAAUAUCUGUGAUCUUAAUUUUAGACUCAAUGAGACUUUCUUUUCCUUUCCUAUACAUCAAUCGACUUCUAUACUCGCACCUAGGGUAGAGUCUUAUUCUUGGUUUAGUUGGAACAUUCUCCUUUGGUAUUGAAAUAUUUUGUUAUACUAUUUUCAACUCGUACAAAAAAUUGAAUCAUGUUAUAUAACUAGAAAGAUUGGAAUCAUGAAGUGUAUGCCAAGAGUUUCCUUUCACUCACUAUCGACGGGGUCUGUGUGAAAAAAGAAGCUUGCAGCAACAAUAAAGUAGCAGAGUAUCAACAUUAAGCCUUUGAAGUAGUUUGUAGUGCC